CGGAAGCGGCGGUUGCCAUGGAGUCUGCGGAGGACUGGCUCGUGGAAUCCUUGCGCUUGUACCAGGAUUUCCACGCCUUUGAGCUCUCAGGAGCCACUCGAGUCCUUGAAUGGCUUGGUGAUAAAGGAGUCUUGGUUGCUGGCUAUGAGAGCCCGAAAAAAAAUGAGAUUCUUCAUCUGCUCCUGCCACUCAGACUUUCUGUAAAGGAAAACCAGGGCCUAUUCCCAGAAAGGGAUUUCACAGUACGCCAUGGAGGAUUUUCCGACAGGUCUAUUUUAGCGCUAAAGCAUGUGCCAGACACCAGGUUGCUGGUGACUAGUGGCUGUCCAGGGGGUCACGUGAAGGUAUGGCAGACUGCAGAGGACAGCGAUGUCAUUUCAGCUGUCAGCACCCUUGCUGUGGAUGAGGAAGAGGGGAGUCUCUGGCCCAGGUUGGCUAUCCUCCCCUCAGUGGCACCCAGUGUUCUCCAUGGGGUGCGGCUCAGCGGCCUGAAGAUUGUAGACCUGGAAUCCCAGAAGACCAUGUACUGUUCAGGGGUUGAAGACAGUGAGGAGCUGAGCAGCCUUCAGGGCCUGGACGCUGACACCUUUGCUUUCUGCUGCUCUUCUGGACGUCUGGGGCUGGUGGACACCCGCCAGAAGUGGGCACCAGUGGAGACCCCCAGACCCAGCCCUAUAUCUGAGGACCAGAAGUGGUGCGCAGAAGUCAGGGCCACAGGCCAGGGCCCUGGGCCCAGCAUUGCCAGCCUCAGCUCUGAUGGACAGCUCCGCCUCCUUGACCCCCGGCAGCUCUGCAGCCCUGUGAAUGCUGUCCAGUGCCCCGUGUCCACUCCCAGCCCAGACCCCGAGCUGCUGCGAGUGACCUGGGCCCCAGGCCUGCACAACUGCCUGGCCAUCUCAGGCUUCGAUGGGACAGUUCAGGUCUAUGACAUCACAUGCUGGGACCCGGCGGGGAGCCAAGCAGAGCCUGUCUUUACACACAGAGGCCACAUCUGCCUAGAAGGAAAUGAGGUGGACACUGCCCCACUGGUCACUACCCACACCUGGCACCCCAGCAAGCCCAGGACUGUGCUGUCAGCGGCCAGCGAUGCCUCACUGCACGUGUGGGACUGGGUGGACCCGCGCCCCUCCUGCUGACCCAACAGUCUGCCUGCUGCACCUUGUGGGGAGGGGCUUGAUGUACAGGACCCACAUGACUGCAGGGCCUGGCUGCCAUGGUGGCCCUGGUCCCCGGGGACCCAGGCUCUCUUGGCCCCCCAUUUUUCUUUCUUCUUAAUUUUUUUUAAAUCAAGGUCUCUCCAAGUAUCCCAGGCUAACCUCAAACUGUGAGUUGCUGGGACCACAGGUGUGCACCGCCAUGGCUGGCUGACCAAUUUUAUUAAAAGUAAGAAUAGUAAUAACUACCUCUCAGGGUUCAAAGUUGGCAGGGCUCAUGGCACAGCGAAUCCUCAGCUAGCUACUGUUAGAGAUAGUAACCCUGCCUCCAACCUCUGCCUUCCCAAGGGUAAAAUGGCAGCAUUUGCCCCUGGUUUCUUGAGUGCCAUAGCAAGACUCAGAGAGUUGUGAAUGUAUAUGCAUUGUUGAGCUUGAGAGGAAAAAAAAAGUGUAUGAGGGCCAUUAACCC